AUCGCAUGACAGAGUGAAACAUCUUGCCGAGUGAAUAGUAGACAAUCUUCGGUCGGUGUGUCCAGCUGUCUGGCCUGAGAGAGCAGACGUUAAGGUUCGAAACCCACAUGCAAACUAUGGAAUUACCCGUCCAUUCGCCACUUUAGCACGGAAGAGUCAGACCGGGGGGACCGACUGGGUUGGGCGGGUGGACUUCCCAGGCAGCCCCGGCCACGGCGGCCCCCUCCCUGCAGAGAAAUGUGGCUGAACCCAGAGGAAGUGCUGCUGAAAAACGCGCUGAAGCUGUGGAUUACCGAGAGGAGCAACGACUUCUUCCUGCUGCAGAGGAGGAGAGGCCGCGGGGAGCCCACCGGGAGGAUCAGCGGCCUCCUGGUGGGGGCGCUUGACACAGUGCUGGACUCCAACGCCAGGGUCACGCCCUUCCGGAUCCUCCUCCAGGUUCCUGGCUCCGCAAUAAGCUGGAUCAUAGCAAGCGGAGCCGCCAUAGAGGAAGUGAACAAGCACUGGGACUGGCUGGCCCACCACCUGCUUCACUCGCUCUCUGUGUUUGAGAACAAGGAGGACGUGGCCAGCUUCGUCAAAGGAAAAGUCAAGGGUCUGAUCGCUGAGGAGUUCCGGGGUCGCCAGGCAGCCCAGGAGGACGACCCGGAGAAGUUCCGGGAGGCACUGCUCAAAUUCGAGCUUCACUUUGGCCUCCCGUCAUCUGAGAAGCUUGUGACCUUCUACUCAUGCUGCUGCUGGAAGGGCCGAGUGCCCCGACAGGGCUUCCUCUACCUCAGCAUCAACCACAUGGCCUUCUACUCAUUCCUGCUGGGGAAGGAGGUCAAGUUUGUCAUUCCCUGGGCGGAGGUAACGCGUCUGGAGCGGGUCUCAGGCGGCCUCAUGACGGAGGCGAUCCGGGUGAGCACGCGACGGAGGCAGAGGGACUUUUCCAUGUUCCUGAACUUGGACGAGGCUUACGGAGUGGUGGGCCAGCUGGCGGACAUCGCGCUCAGACGGCUGCUGGACAGCGAAGGUCUGGAGCUAGACCGAGUCCUGCAGCAGCCGGCUCGCAUUAGCAAGCGGAUCCUGGAGGAGCAGGCCCUGAGGGAAUACGUGCUGGCCCUGUUCCGCCUCCCUCGCGGCGAAAGGCUCCACGAGGUGUCGUCGUGCGCAGUGUGGACGCCCCACGCCCGUUGCCACACAGCGGGCACCCUGUACACCACCGACAGCUACCUGUGCUUCUGCAGCCGCGAGGAGGGGCAGUGCCUCCUGCUCGUUCCGCUCUCGGAGGUGUUGUCUGUGGAAAAGGCAGAGAGCACCGGGGUCCUCCCCAAUCCUGUCAUCGUGAGCGUUCGCUCCAAGAAAGCCUUCCAGUUUAUCGAGCUGCAGGAGAGAGAUGACCUGGUGGAGAGCCUCAACUGUCGACUCAGAUCUCUGCAGCUGAAGCAGUCGGCCUUUCGCAGGAGCACACACAGCCGAAGAACCUCGAGCUGCCCAUCUCCCUACUACACCUUCUACUAUGACACCGGGUGCUCGGAUGAAGAGGAGAUAGAGGAGCAGGUUCUCCGCAACACAGUCAACAGCGAGGCUCUGAUGACGGCCUUCCACCACAACCGACCUGGAACCAACAACAACACCAAGAAUAUGGAGGUGGUGAAAGAGAGGCUGUGGGAAGAUCAUUUCACAGAGUUUGGCCGUGGGGUCCACAUGUUCCGCACUGAGAAGGUUCAGAGGCUGGUUGCCAUGGGGAUACCCGAGUCACUGCGGGGCGAGGUGUGGAUGACACUCUCAGAUGCAUUCUCCGAUCUGGAGUCCCAUCAGGGUUACUACGCCAGCCUGGUGCACACGUCCAUGGGUCAGAGCAGCUUGGCCACUGAGGAGAUUGAGCGAGACCUCCACCGCUCCCUGCCAGACCAUCCCGCCUUCCAGAACCCCACCGGCAUUGCGGCACUUAGACGCGUUCUGACCGCCUACGCUCACCGCAACCCCAAGAUCGGAUACUGUCAGUCCAUGAACAUUCUGGCGUCGGUGCUGCUGCUCUACGCUAAAGAAGAAGACGCCUUCUGGCUGCUGGUGGCCGUUUGUGAGCGCAUGUUGCCGGACUAUUUCAACCGCAGGGUCAUAGGAGCCCAAGUGGAUCAGUCAGUGUUUGAACAGCUGAUCCGGGAACGUCUUCCAGAGCUGGCCGAGCACUUCCCGGACCUGUCUACACUCUCCUCAGUGUCCCUGUCGUGGUUCCUAACCAUCUUUGUCAGCGUGAUGCCCUUCCGCAGUGCCGUCUGCGUGGUGGACUGGUUCUUUUUCCAUGGCAUCAAGGCCAUCUUCCAGCUGGGCCUCGCCGUGCUGGAGGCCAACGCCGCGCGGCUCUGCACCAGCAUCGAUGAUGGACAAGCUCUGAUGGUCCUCACUGCUUUUCUGGAGCAUGUUGGAAGUGAAGAUUCAUCCUGCUGUCAGUCCUCUCUGCCGCCUCAUGCAGACGGCAACGGCAGCGUGCCAGAUGUUGCUGCUGUGGACCAAGCUAACGUAACUGACCUCAUCAAUGAUGCUUAUGAAAGGUUUGGAGACUUGACUGUCAGGAAGAUCGAGAGGCUUCGCUGUCGACACAGAAUUCAAGUUCUGCAGGCCCAUGAGGACACCACCAAGGAGAAUGCGUUAAGAGUGGUGAUGCCGGAGGUUUCCAUCCCUGCAGAGAACCUGGCUGACAUUUAUGACCUCUUUAAGACGGAACAUUUCAUCAGUCUGUACUGGGGUGACAUAAGUGCGGCAGCGGCGGCAGAGGCGGCCUCGUGGAGUCACGGUGUCUCCUACUUGGAGCGCCAGUACCGACUGGACCGCCCCCAGUUCAAGAGCCUGUAUGGGAUGCUGGCGCCGUGGGCCGGGGAAUCGAACCAGCACGCCGACACGCUGGCCAACCGCACCUUCACGCUGCUGGACCAGAACCGUGACAGCCUGGUCACCUUUAGGGAGUUUGCUGCUUGGCUGGACACGUUGUACUGUGGCGAGCUGAACGAGAGGAUAAAGCUGCUCUAUCGCCUUCACUUACGUCCUGUCCUGACUGAAAGCGAGGGCGAUCCGUCUCUGAUAAAGAUGCCUCCUGUGUCCACCGGCAGACCUCUAUACGUCACCAUGGCUUCAGAAAGCACUGUUGGAGAUGAGGUGAAGGAUUACCAGGAGCAGCUGAAGCAGAUGCUGCAGGAUUUGGUGGUGGCCAAGGAGAAAGACGUAGAGAAGCCACUGCCGCUCAUGAACCAGAGAGAGUUCAUCCAGUUCUGCAAGACGCUCUACAGCAUGUUCCACGGUGACCCGGAGGAGAACGAGCUCUUCCAGGCCAUCGCCACCGUCACCAGUCUGGUGCUGCAGAUUGGCGAGGCCAGCCACCGCGGCCGAGCCACGGGGCACGGAGCAAAGUCCGAGGAGGGCGAGUGGACCGUCAGUUUCGCUCAGAUCCUGGCCUCGCUGCUGACCGAGCAGACACUAGUGAACUUCCUGGAGAGGCCGGCCGAUCUGACGGCCCGCAUCGCAGAGGCCAAGGAGAAGCAGUACCAGCAGAGGGCGGGGCUGCUCACACUGCAGCAAAGCCACCGCUAACCCACGUCUACUUUGGACUCCCCAAAAAACACUGACUACACAGUACUAGACCUCCAAUCAUAGUAUUGUUACAACUGCAAGCGCACUGCAACACUUUUAACUAACCAAUGUGAUGCCUUCACAUUUCAAUUUCAUUUUGAACCAAAGUGUCUUUUUCUAGCCAACUGUUUCUUAUUUUAACCAACGUGCUCUCCUGUAUGCACCUUAACACUUUCACACUUCACCCCAAGGCAGUAGAAAACAAUCUACAGUGCUGUGAGCCAAAAAAAGUGGGGAAAUUAACACUGGAAAUGUCUUCUUAAAUAAAAUACGCUGCAGAGAAUAA